GCCUACUUUGCAAAUUAAAGGUGUCAGCGCGGAACACAUUUUUGAGACGCCUAUCAGUUUCGAUGAUUUUUGCGAAAAAAAGUGUUGGCUUCAGCACAACUAUAGUCCAUGGGAGACAGUAAGAACUUUUUGGAAAGAGACAUCGGCGUAUAGAAUAUCAAGCCUUAAAAGUGAUGACAGCCUGAGCACCUUUUUUGAUGAAUGGCCACGCUUAACUGAUUUCAAUGGCUAUGAAUUAAUCGAUAUUGAUUUCGAAACAUUAUAUCCCGGAACUGGAAAUUUACUAUUUUUAAAACUAGAUAGCUUUUAUAAAAAAUUGGUACCAAUUUUUAAAGCAGAUAUCAAAGACAUAACUUCUAAAGAGCUUAUGUUAAAACAUCUAUUUAAAGACGACAUCUCGCAAGAUUCAAAAUAUUGCAUAAGUACACUGUUACUUCAUUCCUUACUUCAACCUCUCCGCCAAAGUAAGAACGAAAAACCGACAAUAGCAGACGCACAAGCUGAUUUCGUAACGCUUGUAACAACACCAAAUGAUAUUGAGCGUAAAAUUGAGGAAUUAAUAAACAGCUAUGCUAGUCGAAAGGAGAAAUUACAGCCUCAUAUCUUAGUUGUUGGACCUGAUUUCUGCAAGAUAUCUGAGUUUUAUGUGUUUUGUGAUGGAAUUAAAUGGAGAUGCUGCUCAUACAUGAAAUGUGUGGAUUGUGUAAUUAAGCUAAGUUAUGUUUAUAAAAUUAAGUAUUCGCACAACAGCAAGCAAGUUUGGGCAUUUUUGGAACAAUACUUUUUUGAAUUAAAAUCUGAAGAAUAAUUAUAA